UUUUUCGUCAGGCUAUCUUCAGAGGCACCCGAUUUACUCCAAAUGCAUUCUGGUACUGUCCCUUCUCUUGUAUCGGGAGACCCGAAGCUAAAGCAAAACCGGUUAUUGACUGAGAUCCCAAAGUGUUUCCAGCCAUGUCUGUCAGAGAGUCGUUUAACCCAGAGAGCUACGAGCUAGACAAGAGCUUCAGACUCACACGCUUCACUGAGCUCAAAGGAACGGGCUGCAAGGUGCCCCAGGAUGUGCUACAGAAGCUUCUAGAAGCCCUGCAGGAGAACCACUAUCAGGAGGAUGAACAGUUCCUUGGGGCUGUCAUGCCCAGACUUGGCAUUGGUAUGGACACCUGUGUCAUCCCCCUCCGACACGGAGGCCUUUCUCUCGUCCAGACAACAGACUACAUCUACCCCAUAGUGGACGACCCCUAUAUGAUGGGGCGAAUUGCGUGUGCCAACGUUCUAAGUGACCUGUAUGCCAUGGGAGUGACGGAAUGUGACAACAUGCUGAUGCUACUGGGGAUCAGUAACAAACUGUCAGAAAAGGAGCGGGACAAGGUGAUGCCUCUGAUCAUCCAGGGUUUCAAAGACGCGUCAGAGGAAGCAGGCACGUCUGUGACGGGGGGACAGACGGUGCUUAACCCCUGGGUGGUCAUGGGGGGUGUGGCCACCACCGUCUGUCAACCUAAUGAGUUCAUCAUGCCAGAUAACGCAGUGCCAGGAGAUGUGUUGGUGCUCACCAAACCUCUGGGGACUCAGGUGGCUGUGGCUGUACACCAGUGGCUGGACAUCCCUGACAAGUGGAAUAAGAUCAAGCUAGUGGUGACUCAGGAGGAUGUAGAGCUGGCCUAUCAGGAAGCCAUGAUGAACAUGGCCCGGCUCAACAGGACAGCCGCUGGUCUGAUGCACACCUUCAAUGCUCACGCUGCCACUGACAUCACUGGCUUCGGGAUCCUGGGCCACGCCCAGACAUUGGCACGGCAACAGCGUAGCGAGGUGUCGUUCGUCAUCCACAACCUCCCCGUGCUCGCCAAGAUGGCAGCUGUGUCCAAGGCCUGCGGGAAUAUGUUUGGACUCAUGCACGGAACCUGCCCUGAGACAUCAGGGGGUCUGUUGAUCUGUCUUCCCAGGGAGCAGGCAGCUCGUUUCUGCGCUGAGAUCAAAUCUCCUAAAUACGGCGAGGGCCACCAGGCCUGGAUCAUCGGCAUCGUGGAGAAGGGCAACCGCACCGCCCGCAUCAUCGACAAACCACGAAUCAUCGAGGUCGCUCCUCAGCUCUCCACACAGAAUGUCAACCCCACCCCCGGCGCAACCUCAUAAUAACCCCCCCAACCCCCUGCAACGCAGACCAGAACCACAAGCUUGGACAACCUCAUAAUAACCCCCCACCCCCUGCAACGCAGACCAGAACCACAAGCUCGGACAACCUCAUAAUAACCCCCCACCCCCUGCAACGCAGACCAGAACCACAAGCUCGGACAACCUCAUAAUAACCCCCCACCCCCUGCAACGCAGACCAGAACCACAAGCUCGGACAACCUCAUAAUAACCCCCCCACCCCCUGCAACGCAGACCAGAACCACAAGCUCGGACAAGUUUUUUUCUUUUUCGCAUAUUCUUAAACUAGAGCGUGUGUGUAUGUAUGUAUACAUACAUACAUACAUACAUACAUACAUACAUACAUACAUACAUACAUACACAUACACACAAUUAACUGGGUUGCUGUGUAUGCACACCUGCCUCAGACAGAAGCCUUAGGGGCAGGUCAUCACACAACUAAAAAUUCUCUCAAAAGAAUAGAACGAAAGUAAAAAUCCAUUUGCCUUUUGUGUCUGUUGUAAUCUGUUACGUUUAAAUGUAGAGGCAGGCAGCUUCUGGGUUUGAGAAUUGAUGAUGAUGAAGAUUAUCCGAUACUGUUGAUUCAUUUUGAAUCUUUUGGAGACUCUGGGUGUCCGUUGCCUUUUGGGCUCUUUUUAAAGGGUGCUAAGCGUGUGUAAGUGAUGGGUAGCGAGAUAGCGUUUUUGUUUGUCCGUUCACUAUGUGUACAGUUCAAAAGCCUAGUUCAAGUUGAAAGCUAUAAGCGAUGCCUUGAAAGAUUGAAAAAUGCCUUUAAAGAGUGUGAACGUAAGGGUUGCUUUUUUACUUUCACUUUUUGUAUUUUUUCCCCAAAAUAAAUAAAAUAGAUGUUUUAUUUUCUUGCGUUGUUUUACGAGAGCACUAUCAAACUGAUGGAAUCUCAGGUGGACUCCGUCUGUUCACAUUGCUGCCCUGAACUUUAAGUCAGUGAUAUGAUCAUUCAUAACAAGGACAUUAAAUCAUUUUACAGGAAAUGAACACAACGGCCUGGGAUAAUUUGAUAUACUCACCUAUAGAGAUGUGGUCACACAAUAGGAUUUUGAAGAAGUCGGUGCAUUCUGUCUCAACUCUGUUGCAUUGUACGACUACCUUUUCAGGAAGCAGGGGUCAUGAUAUGAGGCAGGUGAAAUUGAAAGCACUCAAGUCUUGGUUGACACUUUUCUCCAUGAAAAUAAUACCAGUGCAUCCAUCUGUAGCAGAGCUUACUCUGAUGUUCCAUAUAAUCUUCCAGUACCUAGAGGUUCCAUCAUUUGUAUACCGGUAGUAUACUUUGUUCACAGUAUCUCAAAUCUACAAUCUGUUUCUAAUCAUCCUGGUUGGGAUCAGUGUAGUCUUAAUACUCUCCAGUCAUCUGAUAUAAGGACUUUUCUAAUAUCGGGUACCAUAAAGGGUUGUAUGGCACUGCUUCCAAACUGAAAUAAAACUGGAUCCUCUUACACUGAA